GACCAUGAGGCAACAUCUCAAUAAUUAAAACCACAAAACCACAAAAACGGUUACAAAUUAUACAUAUAGGAAACCAAAAAUUAUCAUAAUGAGUACAUAAAAUUAGCAGGAAUCAACAUGCAAGUUAAUAUCAAAAAGAGAGCAUGACUUCUGCAACUUCACCCAUCAUUUUAAAAUGGGAUCCCAAAAGUUUGGAAAUCAGGACUCUUACUGUGGAGAGAUUAUUGGAGCCACUAGUUACACAGGUGACGACCCUCGUGAACACCAGCAACAAGGGGCCUUCGGGGAAAAAGAAAGGCCGGUCCAAGAAGGCCCACGUCCUCGCGGCUUCGGUUGAACAAGCCACUCAGAAUUUCUUGGAGAAAGGGGAGCAGAUUGCGAAAGAAAGCCAAGACUUGAAGGACGAACUGGUGGCCGCCGUGGAGGAUGUGCGCAAACAAGGUGAAACCAUGAGAAUCGCUUCCUCGGAAUUUGCUGACGAUCCUUGUUCCUCCGUCAAACGGGGCACGAUGGUCCGCGCUGCCCGAGCUCUGCUUUCUGCCGUCACUCGCUUGCUCAUCCUGGCUGACAUGGCAGAUGUCAUGAGGCUUUUAUCUCACCUGAAAAUUGUGGAGGAUGCGUUGGAAGCCGUGAAGAACGCCACCAAUGAACAAGAUCUGGCAAACCGCUUCAAAGAAUUUGGAAAAGAGAUGGUGAAGCUUAACUACGUAGCUGCUAGAAGGCAACAGGAGCUGAAGGAUCCCCAUUGUAGGGACGAAAUGGCCGCCGCUCGUGGGGCCUUGAAAAAAAACGCAACCAUGCUCUACACAGCUUCGCAAGCUUUCCUCCGCCACCCUGACGUCGCCGCCACCAGAGCCAACCGGGAUUAUGUCUUCAAGCAAGUCCAGGAAGCCAUUGCUGGCAUUUCCAACGCAGCUCAGGCUACCUCGCCCACCGACGAGAACAAGGGCCACACCGGAAUCGGGGAGCUUGCGGCAGCCCUGAACGAGUUUGAUAACAAGAUCAUUUUAGAUCCCAUGACGUUCAGCGAAGCCCGGUUUCGGCCCUCCCUUGAAGAGCGAUUGGAGAGCAUCAUCAGUGGGGCUGCCCUCAUGGCCGACUCGUCCUGCACCCGCGACGACCGUCGGGAGAGAAUUGUGGCCGAGUGUAACGCGGUGAGACAGGCCCUGCAGGAUUUGCUGACCGAAUACAUGAACAACGUAAGUGGCCUCCGCUUCUUCUUCUCUCUUCUUCCUCUCUCGAACGGUGACACGAUCUCACGGGCUCGGUUGACGGCAUCUAACGUAGGCGAGACCUCGGCAGCUCCCCAAAGUGGUCCACUAAAAUAACGUAGGGAAUGCAACCUCUGGAACUCUUUGAAGCGUGAAACCAUGGAAGGUUCGUUGUGGAGUUUGAUGCUCAAUGAAAUGGGAACUUGUGACUUCCUUGGUAGAAUGGGGUACAUCUUUUAAUACAGGGGUUCCCAACCUCCGGUCCAUGGAUCGGUACCGGGCCACAGCACGCCCACAACCGGUCCACAGAAACAAGCAAAGUCCCAUCCGUGAGAUGCAGGCAGCACACAAAACCACACACCCUCUGGUCUGUGGAAAAACCUCUCUCCACGGAACUGGUCCCUGGUGCCGAAAAGGUUGGGGACCUCUGUUUUAAUACUUACAUUUUUGGUAGUGGCACAUUACUUUCGCUGUUUUUUUUUAAAUUUAAUUAUCCCUCCAGAAGAUCAAUAACAUACGAAAUAAUAGAAAAUACUUGUAGCUCGGGUUUUAGAUUUGGGCUGUGGUUUGUCCUCCAAACUUGUUUUCUUUUGUUUUUUUAUUUUUGUUCUCCAAAAUCCCUGAUCUCAAACCCCAUUGAUGAUAAAGAACACUAAUUCAACUGGGAAGGAACAAAAGUUGUGGGGCAUACCAACACCCGCCACGCACGUGAGUUUAUCGAGGCCGGUAUCCCCCCAAAGGAGCAAUAAACAGGCAUAUCGAUCUAGAUCAGGUGUCUUC